AUGCUUCUCCUCCAUCUCUCCGUGCUGCUCCUGCUCACACAGCCCUGGAGAUCCCUGGGAGCAGAAAUGACAUUCUAUUCCCAGCAAACACUGGCCAACGCCUGUACCCUGGUUAUGUGUAGCCCCCCGGAGGGUGGCUUGCCUGGUCGUGAUGGACGAGAUGGGAGAGAAGGCCCCCGGGGAGAGAAGGGAGAUCCAGGUUCACCAGGACUAGCAGGACAAGCAGGAAUGCCAGGACCAGCUGGCCCUAUUGGGCCAAAAGGAGACAAUGGCUCUGCUGGAGAACCUGGACCAAAGGGAGACACUGGACCACCUGGGCCUCCAGGUAUGCCUGGUCCAGCUGGAAGAGAGGGCCCCUCAGGGAGGCAGGGGAGCAUGGGACCUCCAGGCACACCAGGCCCCAAAGGAGAACCUGGGCCCAAAGGAGGAGGGGGUGCCCCAGGCAUGCAGGGCUCCCCAGGCCCUGCAGGUCUCAAAGGAGAAAGAGGUGCCCCUGGUCAGCCCGGAGGCCCUGGACCUGCGGGGCUGGCAGGGCCUGCUGGAGCCAUUGGUCCACAGGGGUCUUCAGGUGCCAGGGGCCCCCCAGGACUUAAGGGGGACAGGGGUACUCCUGGAGAAAGAGGAGCAAAGGGUGAGAGUGGGCUUGCAGAGGUCAAUGCUCUCAGGCAGCGGGUGGGAACCUUAGAGGGACAGCUACAACGCCUCCAGAAUGCCUUCUCUCAGUAUAAGAACGCGGUGCUCUUCCCUGAUGGCCGGAGUGUCGGGGAGAAGAUCUUUAAGACGGCAGGCUCUGAAAAAACGUUUCAGGAUGCCCAGCAGGUCUGCACACAGGCUGGAGGACAGCUGCCCUCCCCACGUUCUGCAGCUGAGAACGAGGCCUUGACUCAGCUGGCCACAGCCCAGAACAAGGCCGCUUUCCUGAGCAUGACCGAUACCAGGAAGGAGGGUACUUUCAUCUACCCCACGGGGGAGCCCCUCGUCUAUUCCAACUGGGCCCCCCAGGAGCCCAACAAUGAUGGCGGCUCAGAGAACUGCGUGGAGAUCUUUCCCAAUGGCAAAUGGAAUGACAAGGUCUGCGGAGAGCAGCGCCUCGUGAUCUGCGAGUUCUGA